CGUGACGAUGACAGUAUUGACGGUGGCACGCGUUGUCACGAGCCGCGCGUAGUCGCGGGACGGGAGUGCUCGGAUUGUCGCGCGCGCGCGCGCGCGUGUGCGAGAACGGGGACGUGACGUGAGAGACCGGAGAGGCGAGAGAGCGUCAUUGCGCCCCGAGGAGGGAGGCGUCGACCCUUCGUUAACCCUUUUCCCUGGGAAAGAGGAGGAAAGAAAAACAAAAUGCCGUUGGUCGUGAGGAAUUGCCCGCAUCUGGCCAACCGCGGCGAUCUCGCCUUCAUCGAGGCGGUGAUGGCCCGGGACGAGCGCUUCGCCAAGUGCAGCGACUGCGACACCCCGGGGCCCAAUCUCUGGCUCUGCCUGUUUCCCGACUGCCGUUGGGUCGGCUGCGCGGAGACCCACCUCGAUCACAGCACCAUCCACAACCAGAACUUCCCGACCCACUGCGCCCACAUGAACCUGUCCACCAACAGGAUCUGGUGCUACGCCUGCAAGAGCGAGGCGAUCACCAAGCACGUGCCGUCGCCCCCCUUGUCGCCGACGCAAAUCGAGUUCAGGACUAUCGGCAACAAGUACGCCGGGGACGCUCCCGGCAGCGUCGAGUCCAAGCUGGACGGCUUGGACAGGCUGAUGCUCGACAAGUUUUAUGGAGAUUGGGCGAUAAACAGAGUCAAUGCUGAGAAAGGAAAUUCAUUUAACGAACGAUGCGGGGAUUCUCCCGAUAGUACGGAUUCGGACGAGAGCAAGGACUUUUCUGGGAAGCCAAGGGGUCUGGUGGGCUUGCAGAACAUCGGCAAUACGUGUUACAUGAAUGCGGCGCUACAAGCCUUGUCCAAUGUGUCUCCCUUGACGCAGUUUUUCUUGGAUUGCGGCCAUAUGGUCUGCUACAUGUCGAAAGACAGGAAACCCGGAUUGAGCCUGAACUAUCUGAAUCUCAUUCGGGAUAUGUGGAACAAGAAAACCAGAGGAUACGUUGUGCCGCACGGUAUCCUUUCGGGCAUCAGGACGGUUCAUCCGAUGUUUCGAGGGUACCAUCAACAUGACACGCAGGAAUUUCUCAGGUGUUUCAUGGACCAGCUGCACGAGGAGCUGAAAGAGCACAUCGAAGACGACAGGGACGUUCAGCUGCGACUAAAGGGGCUGGGAGACCAGUCCUCGGAGGACGAGGACGAGACCGAGAUCGACGGUAAUGCCUCCAGUCAGUCCGACGCCGAAUACGAGACCUGCGACUCGGGCGUGAGCGAGCAGAGUUCUCUGAGCGACGAGGGCGAGCGCGGCACUAAGAGGCGUUACUCGCGCGUGUCGCAGACGGAGAAGCUGCGGAACAAGUUCACCAACAGGAGUAUGAAGAAGUCGAAUGUCGAGCCGACGUCGUUGCCGUUCGCCCCGCCGCAACGCUCGCCGCAAAACUCGCCGGCCAAACAUCGUACCAAGAAGCAAAUGAAGACGCGCAGCAUAAUCAGCGACACGUUCGACGGCAAGCUCUUGAGUAGCGUGCAGUGCCUGACGUGCGAUCGGAUUUCCACCCGAGUGGAGACCUUCCAAGAUCUGUCCUUGCCGAUCCCGAGCCGAGAUCACAUCGACAUGCUGCAUCAGGGAUCGCUGACGCCGCAGAAAGCCGGGCCGUGCUCGGACGUGGUCUACGUGACCAAUCAGUCGGGCUGGCUGUCGUGGUUCCUGCAGUGGAUGCGCUCGUGGUUCUGGGGACCAGUGGUCAGUUUGCACGACUGCCUGUCAGCAUUUUUUAGCGCCGACGAGCUCAAGGGCGAUAACAUGUACAGCUGCGAGAAGUGCAAUAAGCUGCGCAACGGCAUCAAGUUCUCCAAGGUUCUGGAACUACCCGAGAUACUGUGCGUUCAUUUGAAGAGGUUUCGCCACGAGCUGAUGUUCAGCUCGAAGAUCGCCAACUACGUAUCGUUCCCCCUCGAGGGUCUCGACAUGAGGCCUUAUUUGCACAAGGAGUGCGUGUCCAAAGUCACCACUUACAAUUUGAUAUCGGUCAUUUGCCACCACGGCACGGCCGGCGGUGGCCACUACACCUGUUACGCGUUAAAUCCCAUUGCCAACAAGUGGUACGAGUUCGACGACCAGUGCGUCACCGAGGUGUCGCCGGAAACGGUGAAGCACUGCGAGGCGUACGUUUUGUUCUACAAAAAAUGGUCACCGGAAAUAUUGCAGUUGCGCGACAAAACUAUGGAGCUGAUGGAGAUAUCGUCCCGCGAGGUGUCCGAUCUGAACUUUUUCGUGUCCCGGCAGUGGAUCAAUCGCUUCAACACGUUCUCCGAGCCUGGUCCGAUCGAUAACUCCGACUUCCUAUGUCCUCACGGAGGUGUAAUCCCUGUUAGGGCGCAAUUCGUCGACAAGAUCAGCAUGCCCAUACCGCAAGCGGUUUGGGAAUACUUGUAUAAUGCAUUUGGAGGAGGCCCAGCCUGCACGCAUCUGUACGAGUGUCCGACCUGCGAAGAGAAGUACGAAUCCUUGCAGAAACGUAGACAGUACGAGAUGGAACUGUUCCAACGAUUGAAUACUGACAAUCCCACGGCCAUUUAUGCAUUGGCCAUGGCAUGGCUGAGACAGUGGCAGAGCUUCGUCCGAGGCAAGGAGACGCAGCCACCUGGACCAAUCGAUAAUAAUUCCAUCGUUGUAAAUAAAAAUGGGCAAAAUAGUCUUAAAGUUGGCUCGGAUUACGGUCAGAUCCCCGAAGAGUUGUGGCAAUUCUUCCUGACUACGUACGGCGGUGGACCAGAGCUAAUGCUGCACUCGUGUCAACGACCGGUGCCCGCUCAGCCUAACGUUUCUAUACAUUCCGCGUCGAAUCCAAAUUUGAUAGAUCCGAAUCUUAAAUGCAAUCGCGUAGAAGCUAAAGCCAACAAACUUUGUACGACCAGGAGCUCGGAGACGAUUUCGCAACAGGACAGCGCGAUCGAGAGCCUAAUUUCGAGCAGCGACUCCCAUCAGACGCAGAGGGACGUGAGCGAGUCCAUUGUUCUGACGCUGUAAAGUCGCAAUUCAGCGAUGCUCGUUCAGCGGCGUGGAAUUUCACCGUACAAUUUCAUCGAUGGGAAUAUUGUAUAUGAUGGGUCAACGUAGUUAUAGUACAAAAUAAUUUUUGCUAUACAUAGAUGACUGUAUUAUUUAAAUACAAAUCUUAGCUCGUACCUUUUCUUUCGCCCAAAGUCUAGGCCGUAACAUCGCGCGUGACCUCGAUAGAUGUAUCACAUAUUUUCGAUGUUUGUACAUUUGCCAACGUGCGCGUGUGUGUAUCAUUCUUGCACAUAAAUACCAGAGAUGGCUUUCUUUUUUCUUCUUCACUUUCGCGAACUUAUGUACAUAACGUCGUUACUUUUUCUCCGUUGGUGGUAGCCUCUCAUCCGGAAAGAAAGAAAUAAAAGAUAUGGAAGACUGACAAAUAUCGAUUUUAUUUUAAGAGAAACUUUCAGUUAAUUGUACGAUUUAGCGGCAACCGAGUCACGAGAUCGAACGCAAUCAUGCAAUGAAUCACGAUCUUUUUUACGUUUUGUUUUUAAACGGAGGAAAUAUUGUUAUUUAGUAAAUUAAUUGAUGUACACGUAUCUUUCGUAAUAUUCACCAGAGCCAACGAGGAUUUCUCGUAGCGUACGAUUCGCUGAUCUCUUUCGCCGUUUUCAAACACAUGAAACAGUUGAGCUUGGCAAUUAUUUGUAUAAGCGACGAAACGUGCUUCUUAAGGCUCCUGUUUCCUACAGCCGCGUUAAAUUAUGACAUAAGGAAGAUAAAUCAUUGGAAUCUCUUCUAUAUGUCGAGAUAUAUUAGCUUUUCGCGUGCCAUUACGUUAAGCAUAACAGAAAUAUUAUCUUAUCUUACUUUAUGCUUUUGCCUCCUUCUGGCAAAAUUCUGACAUAAUGUUCAAGUAUUUAUUAACCAUCGUCUGUAUUACGUAUAAAAGGGAGAGGAUUGUUAUGAUUUAGAAUAUUUGAGGAUUAAUUUAAGGUAUUGAGAAUAUUUGUGUUCAUGAUAUCUAUAUAUGUUAAAUUACAACAUAUAUUCUCCAUAUGCUUUUGUGAUAAAUAUUUUAAAUUUUAUACGUCACGAUUUCUUGCAAUUCCUAAACAAAUAAUUUCAGAAUUAUGUAAUGACUUGGCUGCAUCAGAAUUAUAAAGCAUUACAUUAGUCUAGAAGCAGGAGAUUAGUAAAAACGUUGAGCUAGCACUUAGUGAUUAUAAAUACUUGGACAUUUUGUAUUAAAAGUGCACACGUUCUCUCUCUUUCUAGUACUUAAGAAGCGUGUUCUAUCGCAUAUAGGCCGUUAAUUGCGUAGUUUAAUUACUUUAUAUGCUCGUAGAAAGAAAAGUGAAAAAAAUCGCGAGCUCCUCGUGUAAGCUCAGUUGUGUCUUCGUGGAUCCUAUCUUGUUACCGAGGACAUUUAUCCUUAUAGCAACCGUUCAUUUUAAUACCACAAUUGCAUAUUGCGAGGAAAAGUAAAAAGAAAACGCAAUGCAAUGCGAGCUCCACCCGCAGGGACGCAAACAAUUUAAAAGAAUUGUUAAGGCCAAUUUUGUCUGUAAUUAUUAUCCAGAGCGAAGCGCAUAAGGUGAAUAAUAAAUAAGUUGGUUUCUUUA